AUGCAAUUUCCUGACCUAAAUAUUUUUCAAAAAUUCUGGAAACUAUCUGAUGAUUUAGCACCAUUACAACCACGUUCAAUAAAUAAUGAAAAUACCCAUCAACAGCUGCAAGAGGAUGAAGAUGAAGAGGAGAGAGAACUAGCGACAGGUUUAGACGAAGAAGAAGAAAUGGACAUUGGUGAUGAAAUAGUCUAUCAACAGCCGAUAGUUGAUGAAUUACCAUCAGUUUCAAGUGAUGAUUUUCAGCCAAUGCGUCGAUCGUCGUUUGCCCUAAACCAUACAUCAACUCCGCUACUAGUUACAGCACAAGCUAGAGUCACAUCUCCAUCCAACUCAAUUCAACAAGUCAUCAACUCAAUGAUCGAAACAGCAGCAGCAAUGACCACCAAUGAUUAUUCGUCUUUCAACCAGCGACCGAUAGAAGAAGAAGAAGGCGAACAGGCUUUGAUCAAUUCAUUUGGAUAUGAAGUUGAUGCAGAGUCAUGGCGUAGACGAAAUGAAAUUCGACGUCGGGAAAAAAACGAAUGGGAAGAUGAAGUACAAGCCAGUUAA